AUGUGUGGUCUAAAACUAUCAUCAAGGACAGUGCGACCAGGUCAUAGGGAGCUGUGCCCUGAAUCUGCAUCUGCCGCCCUUAAAAAAGUUGACGGCAAAUACAAAAUUGGAGAGGCGCCAAGCGAAGUUAUGGAACUGGCUUUUCUCGCUGUAAGAGAGGAACUGGAACAUGCAAUACGUUUCGAAAAGUACAAGGAGCUCAUAAAAACAAAAAGAAGUACAUAG